AUGUCUGAGCAAGAAACAAAAUCUACUGAAGAAACCAGCCUUGGAGGAAACCUUGACGCUGCUGGAUCUGCCUCUGGUGCUGGUAGUAUAGGUGCCUCUGCUUCUUCCAAAAAAUCAGAAGAAAGACGAAAACCCAAAAAGUUGGGCCAGAAAAGAGCCAACGGAACCCCAUCCAAAGAAGAAGCCGACGCAGAAGUCAACGGUGAAGCCGAAGCCCCGUCAACACCCUCCAAAAUGUCGGAUCAACAGUCAACCCAGGCAUCUCGCUCCAAGUCACGCGGCAGUCGCACCCGUGGCCGGGGUUCAAGCCAACCCCCUAGUGACACAGACAGCGCUUAUCGAAGUGAUGUCUCGCAAAAGGCCAAACGAAAUAGAAACCGCAACCGAGGCAAAGCACAAGCACAAGCCCAGUCCCAAGCCCAGUCCCAAGACCAAGACGGCGGCCUCCUAGGAGGUGGCAGUCCGCUUGGAGCGGUGGAUGAGGUCGGUGAGACCCUGGAUGGCGUCACUGGCGGUGUCGGUGAUACUGUCAACGAUACUGUCGGCAAGACUCUCAGCGCUCCUCAUGAAGCACUCGGCGGACUCCUGAACAACAAGAAGAAGAAGGGAGGCAAUCAAGUCCAGGGCCAGGAAGGCGAGGAGCAGGACGAGGGAGAGAACGAGCAACUUAGGUUGAGACUCGACCUCAACUUGGACAUUGAAGUUCAACUGAAAGCGAAGAUCCAUGGUGAUCUCACUCUAGGCCUAUUAAACUAG